AUGGUAGUAGACCUGGAUGUUUUCUUCCGAGGACAUCCGCGCAUCUCACCGUUGGCGGCUGAGACGGCUGAGGUUCUGGACGAAGCCAAAAUCCCCUACGUGCUCUGGGGGUAUUUAGCUGUUGCGUUCGCGGGGGAGAACCUCCCUACGAAAGAGAUUGAAUUGGUUAUUCCAGACGAACACCUUCAAGCAGCAACUGAAACUCUCGCCCAAGCCGGGUAUCACGUCCACUUCCACACGGACGGCAUGGACGACUUCUUCGGCUUGUUAUCGCUAUUCAAGAAAUCCACCACCCUCUGGUGGCUGCCUGAGUUUCCGCAGGGCCUGGCCCCCGCGGAUGAUCCGCACUUCAUGCUAUCCACUGACCGUCGACUCCCAUCGCGGAUCUAUCGUGGGCCCUCGGGCCCCUGGACAGAGCUGUACCCCAUCAAGAUCAUGAACCCAGAUAUCCUGACUGAGGCGGUCAUUCUGCUGCUUCUCCGGGACUUAGACAAGCCGAAUGGGCUGGAUCUGGGUUGGAGAUUUCUAUUGACCCGGUUGAUGGAUACACUAGACAGGUCUCAUGCAGGAGCAGAAGUGCCCAAGACGCUGCGACCGCGGUUUCGCCCCUUCUGGGAGAGUUAUAAUCGGCGGGUUCAGAAUGGGAAUAGGAAUAUCUGGGAGCCGUUGAGGGUGCUUCAUCGGGAGAUGGUGGCGAAUGGUGAGUGA